GGCAGAGGAGAAAAAGGAGGUCCGGGAGAUAGGGGAAAAGAGGAAAGGGGAGGAAGAAACUGGGAGAGGGACUGUGGAGGAGUGACUAGAAAAAUAUGCCCUGUCAGAGAGUGUGGAUCUGUGAAGGUGAACUAAUAAUCUAAAAAUACAUGACACAAAUGGGAGUUCAUUUGCUGAUAAGCUGGGAAAGGCAAAAUAAGGACUUGCAUCAGUAAAUCACAAACAUUUUGGAAACGUUUCCUUUGUAGUCUUUCUACAGCAUAGCUUGAGACAAACUUAAUUCUAACAUUACUACUAUUGCACUGUCUAAAACUAUAAUUGGGUGACCACGGCAACUAUUUCCAUUGCAUGCUAACUAGAUAGUAGCCUCCUUUAUACUGCCCUUACUAAUGUAACAUGUUAAACAUGUAGUGUUUAUACUGCCCUUACAAAUGUUACAUGUUAAACUUUGUUCACUAGCCUGUCUGUAAAUGUGCCUCCUCAUGCUUCUUAAACCUGGAUUACCUACAGACAUUGCAGAUACAGACCGAGCAAAGAACAUGUAUGUAUGCAUGUAUGUGCAGUAUGUAUGAACAUGUAUGUAAACUUGCAUGAGUAUAAAAACACAAAAAUACAUGUGUUAAUUUGGAACAUGAUCUAUACUGCACCCUAACAGGGCAUACAAAAAAGCCAAGGUGCUGUACAUGCAGACAUCAUCUAUAGCUCAUGCUGUUAUAAAAUCAUCUUGGACAUUUUUUGGUGAGGGGAGGGAGAUUGAUGUGAAAGUUGUGCCUGUUUUUUUGCCUGGAGUGAACUGGGAGCUCAGUGUGUUAAUGCCCGUCUGCUUGUUCUCAGGCUGACAGAAAGAUGAACGGAGACACUCCCUCAACAAUCACCAUGGCACUGAUCGGCCCACAGGACCACACAGCCGUGUCAGACAAGCAGUCAUCCACUCAGCGGCUCUCCAUCAGCGUGUGUGCUGCCUUGUACUCUUACAGCCCACAGCGCCACGAGGAGUUGGAGCUGCGCAAGGGCGAGAUGGUGGGCGUCUACGGCAAGUUCAAGGAGGGCUGGCUGCGGGGGCUCUCCCUUCGUACGGGCAAAGUGGGCAUCCUGCCCAGCAACUACGUCACCCCCGUCCUCAGAACCUCUGCAAGGAUUGUGGAGUCCAAGCCCACCCCCUCGUCUGUCAGCACGGGGGUGGGAAAGCGGCACGGUUCCCAUGGUUCCCAGAAGCCUCUAGGCGUGGUCCUGGACCGGGUCAGCGACGCUAACGGAAUGACGUCUGCCACUGGACAGGCACCACCGGUCACCAUGGCAGCCCAGCCAAUGAUGUCAUCUCACGGUGCGACGAGAAGUUCACAUUCAGGGGUCAAGCACGGCUGGGACAUUGUGAGGCGUGCCUUCCAUUCCACACACAGAGGUUCAUUUCAGCGGGGAACCCAUCGAUAUCACCUGACUCCCAGCCUCCAGCCUUCGCCUGCAGACCUAGGGCAGAUUUACAGCUAUGGCCGCUCUCCUGUGCUGCCCAAAAAGAGGAACGGCCUCUUCUCCAACCCCAUCAGGCCACAGUGCUGGACCACUGACACACUACCGCCCUCUGGUGGCUACCAGACCGUGCACAGGGACACUUUCCACAAAGAGGCCUCGUCAGGUCUCCUCCACUCCAUCUUAGUGAAGCCAGACUCUUACAAGUACAACAUAGACAAGCCUGUGAAAACAGUGCGGUUCGUAACAGAAGACACACCACAGCUGGUGUCAUGGACGACCUCCCUGACCUCUGAGAGGCAGAUGUAUUCUGGAUCCCAGUACAGCCCUCCGAUCAUGGAGCUGUGGAACCCCUCAGCCAUCCUGGGCAGAGAUGGGAACAGCUCCGUGCUCAAAGACAUCAAGGCCAACUCGGUGAAAAAGAGUGUCGGGCUGGAUCACGCUUAUGGAGAAGGCUCUUCUUUCAGUUUGAAGACAUCUGUUGGCCUAAACUCCCUGUCAAGUCCAAGCAGGCACAGAGUAGUUAUUGGCUACUCUGCCAAGACUGACGCAGAGAUGAACCUAUUUGAAGGGGAGAUGGUUCUGCUCCAGAGGCUUCGUCAGGAUGGACGGGUUCUGGUGACACAGGAAAGCACAGGGAAAACAGGCCUUUUUCAGGGCACAGUUCUGGGAUGCUUUGAGAAAUGUAUGUGACAUUGUUUAUACUAUAUAUAUAUAUACACUGCAUUUUUCCCGUGAGGAAACAAGGGUACUGCCAAAUGUCUAUCUUAUGAGCAUAUGUUCUGUCAAUGCACUUCUGAUGCAUUGCUGUUUGAUGAUGACCUGUUCUAAGGUAUAAAAAAAGCAAUAGCUAUGAGUUGUGAGUUUCAGUGCACUGAUCUGAAGCACGUUUUCAUAUUACACACAUUCACACAUUCACACAGACUCCUGGAUCUGACACUAUCCUCUGGGUUUAUUUUCCUAAGAAGCGUGCAACACCUACUGACAUGCCUGUGCCUUCAAGGUGGCUUUGCUAAUGAGAUUAAUGUAAAUGGAUAUGUUGACAGAAAUAGACUCCCAAAGGGUAAAAAACAAUACUGCAAAACUAAAAUGAAUAAAUAUAAAAGAAUGAAUGGAAAACAUGUUCCUUUAAAACUAGGCAGUGCUUUCCUGGCCUGUGUUGGUGUAGGCACAGAAGUGGUCCUUUCCUAUAGUGAAUCCAUCUGUUUUACUAGACCUUUUGUCUGACUGGAUUGGUCAGCCCUGGUCCAGCGUCUGUGAGUGUUGUGCCCACCUGUUGUGAAUGGUGAAAAUGUGCUCUUGUUUUCCAGCUUAUCAAACCUGUGCACUUGUAUUAAUGUAUGGAAGACGAUGUAAUAAAACAUGUGUUCAACCUUU